UAUAAAUUUGAAGCAAAACCCUAAGCCCGCGUCUCAGUAACCAGUCGGGAAGAGAGAUCGUUUACAGAGACAUCAGCAGAUUCUCUUUUCCUCCAAGAUGGUGACUUUUAGGUUCCACCAAUACCAGGUUGUGGGGAGGGCUCUUCCUUCUGAAUCAGAUGAACAUCCGAAGAUAUACCGAAUGAAGCUAUGGGCCACGAAUGAGGUCCGAGCUAAGUCCAAGUUCUGGUACUUUUUGAGGAAGUUGAAGAAGGUCAAGAAGAGUAAUGGACAAGUUCUUGCCAUUAAUGAGAUCUUUGAGAAGAAUCCUACCAAAAUCAAGAACUAUGGUAUCUGGUUGCGCUACCAAAGCCGAACGGGGUAUCACAACAUGUACAAGGAAUAUCGCGACACCACUCUCAACGGCGCUGUGGAACAAAUGUACAACGAGAUGGCUUCUCGGCACAGGGUCAGACAUCCAUGCAUCCAAAUCAUCAAGACUGCCACUGUUCCUGCUAAGCUGUGCAAGAGGGAAAGCACCAAACAAUUCCAUGACUCCAAGAUCAAAUUCCCUCUGGUGUUCAAGAAGGUUAGACCCCCAACCAGGAGGCUGAAGACCACAUACAAGGCCUCAAAACCCAAUCUAUUCAUGUAAACUUUCCCCUUUUUCUUAUCCCCCAAGCAAGAAGAUGGAUUAUAGUUUGGUUUAAAACUUGAAAAUUUUGGUAGGUUUUACCUUUCACUUCCUUUUGUUAGCACGAAUGUUCCAAUUUUUAUUCGAGGAUCCAAAAUUUUGCUUUUGAUUUUUC